AUGUCUUCUACCGACGACCAGACCAUCACCCUCGUCAGCAAUGACAACGUCUCGAUCCCCGUCGCCCUCAAGGUCGCUGAGCGCUCCAUGCUCAUCAAGAACAUGCUUGAGGAUAUAGGAGAGAGUGCGAUGGAGUCGCCCAUUCCCAUUCCCAAUGUAAAUGAGCAAGUCCUCAAGAAGGUUAUCGAGUGGUGCGAGCACCACAAGGACGACCCAGCCACCGCUGCCGACGACGAUUCCGACUCCCGCAAGAAGACAACCGACAUCGAGGAGUGGGACCAGAAGUUCAUGCAAGUGGACCAAGAGAUGCUUUUUGAGAUCAUUCUCGCAUCAAACUACCUAGACAUCAAGCCUCUGUUGGAUGUAGGAUGCAAGACUGUUGCAAACAUGAUUAAGGGAAAGUCGCCUGAGGAGAUCCGAAAGACAUUCAACAUCACCAACGACUUCACCCCCGAGGAGGAGGAGCAGAUCCGCCGCGAGAACGAGUGGGCUGAGGACCGUUAA